AUAAAUAUUAUUUCACGUAAGGGGAGCGAGCUGAAAGGCGAUCAGGUGUUGGUAGAAUUCGUAUAUUGUCCUGCCAAUAAAAAGCUAUUUCGUGGAUACCUACACGACAGGUCGUUUAGACGUCAGAAACUGUCAGUUGGAGAGAACAAAACUAAAGCCGGAAAAAACGACAACAGCCGGCAAUGGAUCCCGAAUUGGAUAUUAUUGACUCAUUGGACGCACUUGGCUAUAAGAAUUUGCAGCAAGAAUCGCUGCAGCAAGCCUUGGACGGUGGCAUUGGCAACGGCAAUUUGCGUGAAGUGAUUUAUUGGCUGGCCAAUCAAUUGCAUUUGCUGCGAAAAACCGAUGAGCAUGUGGCGUCCAGCAGCAAAGAUCACGAUGACUUUGCGUUCGAAUUGUCAUUAUUGCUGACUGAACUGGGAUGUCCGUAUCGUCAGUUUGUGGCGGUGCCAAUGUCGGAGCGCUUUCAAACCCGUCAGUCACUGCUCCAGCUGCUGGACUAUCUGACAUCUGAACUGAUGGCCACAAAGAUGUCACUUAAGCAGCAGCCUGUCGAGCCACCGAGCAAGAAAUCCAAGACUGAAUCUCAUCUACAGGAGGCGGUGGAUCAGCUAACGGCAGACCUGCAACUGGGUGAGAUGCCCAAGAACAUGAAUGCAAAGCUACUGUUUGAGCGUUUGAAUCCCAAGCUGGAGCAGCGAUUGAAGCAGAUCAAUAAGGCGGUGACUAGUCAGCCACUGAUGCACACAAACAAACCAUUGACUGACGCCCAGUGGCGUGUGCUAGAGGCUAUGCACAAGGACCUGGACUCCGAGUACAAUCUGCGGCGUCAGAUGAUGUUGACCCGUCUGGAGGCGACCGUGCAGAGCUUCCAAUGGUCGGAGAGCAUGAGAAAUCGACAGAACGAAAUUGCCGAUCGUUUCCAGCUUAAGCUCAAGGAGCUGGAGAAGCUCAAAUACGGUGGUGUCGAUACCAACAUUGUGGCUCUGCUGGCAGCACGCUCAGAUCUGGCCAUAAUUGAGAAGACCAGUUCGGUGAAUGUGCGCAAGAACACGGCUUCCAAGAUAGAAAAGCAUGUGAUUGGCAGCGUUCCAGAUCGUGGUGGACGCGCCAAUGAGCACGCUCCUCCGCCGCCAGAGAUGCCAUCCUGGCAACAACAGCGAGCCGGCGGACCGGGUGGCGGAGGAGGUGGCCGUGGAGGCGGUGGCAAUUUUCGCGGUGGCAAUCGAGGACGCGGUGGUGGAGGUGGUCAGAAUUGGCAGCAACAACAACAACAACAGCACCCUCAGCAAUAUCAACAACAACCACAACAGCAGCGGGAUCGUGACAGAGAUCAGCAGUGGAUCAACAACAGCGGACGUGUUCAGGGCUCUGGCUGGAAUCCUCAAGCUGCUGGCCGCGGAGGUGGCGGUGGUGGCUAUCGUGGUGGUGGUGGUGGUGGCGGUCGCGGUGGCUACAAUCAACGUCAACAGGGAGACUAUCAACGUGGUGGCUUUCGUUGAAGCAUGGGAACAAUCCGCAUCAUAGUUUAAGUUACUUAACUAUUAUGCAGCUAAUUGCCUAAAUUGAUAUUUACAUUUAAAAUCUAGCUAAGAUUGUAAUUAGAACGUUUCAUAGAUUAUUACACUCCCUGCUUGUCUCGUCACCUAAUUUAACAGGCUUUUGCCAACUGCAUAAACAAAUAUUAUGAUUGUUAAUUUCACAGCAAUUAAAA